GAAGGUUCCUGUGCACAUUAGACCUGGGAUCUCUCCAAAACAGCUGCUUUCAGAGAUCAUUCCUUGACAGUUUCCAAUUCCCGGAGCUGAAUUCCUCCUGUGUCCCCUUGGAAGCUUCGGAAGCCUCGUGCUGCAGACUCCCAGGGCAACGCUGGUUCCGGCUGUUGGAUUUCUGCCAGCUCCAAAGUCCUGACCGUCACAAGGAAUCACAAGUACAUCAAGAGAGCAUGGCCAGGCGAGUGGCCGUCGUGGGUGCCGGGGUCAGUGGCCUGGCCUCCAUCAAGUGCUGCCUGGAGGAGGGGCUGCAGCCCACCUGCUUCGAGAGGAGCCACGACCUCGGGGGGCUGUGGAGAUUCACCGAACAUGUUGAAGAGGGUAGAGCCAGCCUCUACAAGUCUGUGGUUUCCAACAGCUGCAAGGAGAUGUCUUGUUACUCAGACUUUCCCUUCCCAGAAGAUUACCCAAACUAUGUGCCAAAUUCUCAGUUCCUAGAAUAUCUCAAAAUGUAUGCAAACCGGUUCAACCUUCUGAAAUGCAUUCAGUUCGAGACCACAGUCUGCAGUGUAACAAAAUGCCCAGAUUUUGCCACCUCUGGCCAGUGGGAAGUGGUUACACUGCAUGAAGGGAAACAAAGCUCCGCCAUCUUUGAUGCUGUCAUGGUCUGCACCGGUUAUCUCACCACUCCUUAUCUGCCACUGGACUCCUUUCCAGGCAUACAUACUUUUAAAGGCCAGUACUUUCACAGCCGACAGUAUAAAUAUCCAGACAUGUUUAAGGACAAGAGAGUCCUUGUGGUUGGAAUGGGAAAUUCCGGCACAGACAUUGCUGUGGAGGCCAGUCACGUGGCAAAGAAGGUGUUCCUCAGCACCACUGGAGGGGCAUGGGUGAUGAGCAGAAUCUCUGACUCUGGGAACCCCUGGGACAUGGUGUUCACAACACGAUUCCGGAACAUGCUCAGAAAUGCUCUCCCAACUCCAGUUGCGAGUUGGUUGCUGGCAAGAAAGAUGAAUAGCUGGUUCAAUCAUGCAAAUUAUGGCUUAGUACCAGAAGACAGGGUGCAGUUAAGGGAGCCUGUGAUAAACGAUGACCUCCCGGGCUGCAUCAUCACGGGCAGGGUGCAGAUCAAGCCGAGCAUCAGGGAGGUGAGGGAGAACUCCGUGCUCUUCAGCCACGCCCCGAGGGAGGAGCCCAUCGACAUCAUCGUCUUUGCCACGGGGUACACCUUUGCUUUCCCCUUCCUGGAUGAAUCUGUCGUGAAAGUGGAAGCUGGCCAGGCGUCCCUCUACAAGUAUGUCUUCCCUGCGCAUCUGCAAAAGCCAACCCUGGCGGUCAUUGGCCUCAUCAAGCCCUUCGGCUCCAUGAUACCCACAGGAGAGGUACAGGCUCGAUGGGCUGUGCAAGUUCUGAAAGGUCUGAACACAUUGCCCCCGCCCAGCCUCAGGGUAAAGGAAGUUGAGGAAAGGAAACAAAACAAGCCCAGCGGGUUUGGUCUGUGCUACUGCAAGGCUUUACAAUCAGAUUAUAUCGCAUACGUGGACGAACUCCUGACCGGCAUCAACGCAAAGCCCCGUCUCUUCGCUCUGCUCCUGACGGACCCACGCUUGGCUUUGGCCAUCUUCUUUGGUCCCUGCUCCUCGUACCAGUUCCGCCUCACAGGCCCAGGGAAAUGGGAGGGAGCCAGAAACGCCAUCCUGACACAGUGGGACCGAACGCUCAAGGCCACCAAAACUCGGACUGUCCAAGAAUCCCCGCCUUCCUUUGAAAGUUUCCUUAAACUACUCAGCUUUCUGGCUUUACUUGUAGCUCUUUUCCUGAUUUUUCUAUAAGGAAAGAUCUUCCAAAAGGCUCUUCUGAUGCAGAGAGCAGGUUACAGCUUUUGGUUCCUGCCUUCACAGUUACAGCCCAGUCCUGAGCCCAGUCCUGACUCUGAAGCCUACCACCCUCCUCCCCAGCUGGCCCCAGGGGUUGAAUAAAAACAAAGAAAUAACCCUAGAAACUGGUCUUAAGUG